AUGGUUUAUGAUGGUAUUGUUAAUGCUACUUUCAUGGAGUGGUUCUUUAGUAAAGGUAAGCCAAAAGAAGCCAUGGAGUCUUACAAAUCUUUAUUAGAUAAAGAAUUCAAAAUGGUUCCUGCUACAUGUAAUGUUCUUUUAGAAGUUCUGCUUAAAUGGGACAAGAAACCAGAGGCUGAGGCUUUGUUUGAUAGCAUGUUAGAUAGGCACACUCCACCUGUUGUCCAAGCAGUGAAUUCUGAUACCUUUAAUAUCAUGGUAAAUGAAUGCUUCAAAAUGGGGAAAGCAUCAGAGGCUUAUAGUGUUUUCAAGAAGGCUGGUAAUGCCCCCAAGUCAAAAUCUUUUUCAAUGGAUGCAGCGGGUUUUAACAAUAUAAUCAUGAGGUACUGUGAGAAUGACAUGAUAGACGAUGCAGAAAGAAUGUAUGUAGAAUUAUGUGGCAAAUCUUUAUCACCUGAAGUCAACACUUAUAAGACCUUGAUUGAUGCUUAUUUCAAGGCAGGAAGAAUUGAUGAAGCUAUAGAUAAAUAUGCGAAGAUGGUGGAUGUUGGUUUGAGAGUGAUUCCUACUUAUGCCAACAAAUGGUUCUCUAGUAUGAUUGAGAAUGGAAAGAUUGUGGAGUGUGAGCCCAUUUUGACUAAAAUGGCUGAAAGAGACCCGAAACCAGAUGCUAAUACUUAUGAUAUGGUGAUCAGGGCACUCUGUGUAGCUUCUAAUUAUGACACGACUUUGAUUUUGUUGCAACAAAUGGUUAACUAUGGUGUUGGGGUUGCCCCUGCUCUUAAGGAAUAUGUGUUAGAGGUGUUUGAUAAGUUAGGGCGUAAAGAAGAAAUUGAUAGACUUUUAAUUGCAAGAGGGACAGUUUAUGUGCCAGGUGUACCUCGAAAUGUAAAUGGCUAUGGACAGAGGAAUCAGUAUGGAUAUGGGCAGCAAAAUGGUAAUGGAAAUGAUAUUGUGAAUAGACAACAAUACACCAAUGGAAACACACAGCAAUAUGGUAAUGGAAAUGAUAUUGUGAAUAGACAACAGUAUAACAAUGGAAACACACAGCAAUAUGGUAAUGGAAAUGGACAGCAGUACAAUGGAAGUUGGAAUGGAAAUGGGCAGCAGUACAACAAUAGAGGCUGGAAUGGGAAUGGGCAGCAGUACAACAAUGGAGGCUGGAAUGGGAAUGGGAAUGGGAAUGGAAAUGGGCAACAGUACAACAAUGGAAGCUGGAAUGGGAAUGGUGGUGGACAAAACCAUGGUAAUUGGCAGCAGAAUGUGAAUGGAGUUGAGCAGCGGAAUGUAAAUGGGGAGCAGGGAUAUGAACAAGCUCAAUCUGGUUCUGUAGCAGCACUUUAA